AUGGGCCAGGCCCAUUCCCGGGCAGGACCUCCUUCCCAUCCCAAACGGCAUCAGCUUUGUCGGCCCAACCUCUCCAGCUUCGAAACGCUCCGGAAUGAAGCUGGUUGGGUCAUCCCAAAUCUUGGGGUCCCUGUGGAUGGCCCACGCGUUGACCAUCAGGAUCGUCCCACGUGGUAUGUCGUACCCUCCGAUGGUACAAUCACUCGAUGCUUCGUGCGGUAUGAGCAAUGGCGCUGCCGGGAACAAUCGGAAGUUCUCCGAGAUAAUGUGUUGAAGAUAAGGACGGACAUGGCCCACUCUAUCGUCACUGAUGUCGAGGCGGACCUCGUCGAGGCGGACGGACUCGAACGAGUUGAGCCGCGCGGCGGAGAAGACCUCGACGGUGGCGAGCCGCCGGAGGUUCCGCCAGUGAUCGCCGUAGGAGGCGCCGACGAGGGUGGUGUAGUUGUAGCCGAGGUACUCGCCGGAGAUGAGACGGGGACGGUCGGCAAGGACGACGUCUUUUUCGGUGAAGCAUUCAUGGACGAGGUCAGGGGAGGAGACGACGACCACGAGGCGGUUGACGAGGCGGAGGGAGAAGAUGGGGCCCACUUGCUCGGCUAG